AGAAUAUAAGGUCUCAGGAUACGUGGAAUUUGAAAUGAUAUACAUAUAUGUGGAGUUGGGAGACAUUCAAUCUCUGUGCAGAAUACACACAUAGUCCCAGCAGCUCCUAGUCCUGAAACUUUUCUCAUGUGGUGAAGUAAAAGUUGUCCACUCAAUAAAUAGUUCCUUUUGGGAUGCUUUUAAGUGGACUAUAAAUACUCACUCAUCUUCAUUGCUUAUCCCUCAUGUUUUCUUCUCAUCUUCAAAUACUAUUCUUUUUCUGGCUACCGAAACUCAACUCAAAUUCCUUCUCUCAAACCCUGAUUUUUUUUAUGUUCUUUGGUCUUGAUUUUUUUUAACACAUUCUACACAAAAACCAAUCUUCUUUUGUUCUCGUCUUACUUUUCCACCGUCACUAAAAUAUGUCGUCUGUAGUUUGUCAAAACUUCCAAUCGUGCUUUGAGCCUCGCACCCUAGGUCUCCAAGUGUCCUCAAAUCAACUCGCAUUCUUAUGUGACGUGAGGUCUCCUACAGUGUCAGAAUCCCGUUUUAACACUGAGCAACCUCAGAAGUACUACAAUCACGGCAACAACAACACGUACAAGCAGAAAACUACCAACUCGGAUAGUUGGAGUUCAAUCGAAUCUAUAACCAAAGUUGAUGAAGUAGAUGAAAAGAAAGAAAAGUCGACUUACAUUCAUCCCAUGGUUAAGCGUUCAUCAUCGGCCCUUAGCGGGAAGAGCUUGGAACUAUGCACUGAGACUUUAGGUUGUGAGACAGGUACGAAUGUGGAUGAUGACAAUGUAAGCUUCUCUACUUCUUCAAUGUCAUCAAACUCAGUUGAGAGUUGUAGGAGCCCUGCGAGGAAAACAUCAAAUUCUCAACAGUUUUCAAUGCAUGAGAAGGUAAUAACUAGUCCUCGACGAUCUUUCCCCCCUCCAUUGACUUCAAUCGGCAACAGUAGCGAUUGUAAUGUUCAAUUUAGGCCCCACCGUGAAGGCGGCCGACUAGUUAUCAAAGCCAUCGCUGUUGCAACUUCGCCGACUUGUUUUCAAGCUGAAAGAGUAAAUGGUCGUCUUAGACUUCUCCUAAAGGAACAAAUAUUCAACGAGGACCAAGAACAUGAAGAAGAAGAAGAAGAAGAUGAAAAUGAAAAUGAUGGCGCUAAGGAAAUAGAUGAAGAAGAGAUAAAUAAGGACUCCAUUGUAAACGAGGAGGCAGAUGAGAUUAAGGGAGAUGUGAUAAGUGAAAUGGGAAUUGGAAAUCUGCAUAGGCACAGAAGGUGCAAGGAAAGUGGAAACAAAGCAGAAUUGGCAAAAUGGGAUCAUUUUUGCGUGGCUACAUAAGAAAGACAGUACGUCUAACUAGUUAGCUGGCAUAGUACCACCAUCCAGCCGUGCUGUAUUUUUCUUUUCCACAAGUGAACUCUCAUGACACUCAAAUAACAUGGUUAGUUUGUUAGUUAAGGCAGUUAUUGACUAGUGCAGGCAAAAGUGUGCUAAAAACUGAUUGUUGUUUCAACUUCUUGGUAAUGAAAAAUAAUUGUAAUAUCAACUCAUUUUUACAAAAUCACAAAUAUUUUAUUAUCUCA